GAAUAGUCAAUCAUCACCGUUGAACAGCGAUCAUGCACCUACAUUUCAGCUUCCUUAUAAGAAUAUAGGUCGAUCUGCGACCCCCUCCUUUCUUUAAGAGAUUAAACUUUGUUCACAUUUCCCAAAAUCAAAGGGAAGAGAAAAUAUGGAGUGAACGAAAACCUUGAAUUGAACUGUCUUCAUGGACUGGGAUCUUUUAGCUAUUCUACCAUUGAAUUUCUGGGGUAUUCUCCACAAAAAUCAUAAAUAUUGGUUCAUGAAAAUUUGAAAGUUGACUUCAUCGGACCGUGCUCAAAGACAACCAGUUACAACCAGUUACAACCAGUGACAACCAGUGACAACCAGUUACAACAAGUUACAACCAGUGAUAACCAGUUCUUGCCGCGGAUAUCAGCAGAUGCGACGAACGGUAGUGACCUAGGUCUUGCACAUAGGGAAGAUUGAUUUAAGAACUUCGUCUUUUGACACAAUAUCACAAAUCAACUCGUGGUAUGUCAUGCAGCCUCACAAAGUAACCCGAACAUGAACCGGAACCAAUGAAGCGUAGCCAUCUUCGACAACCUUGCUUUGGCUUUAACAAUAUUUUGUCAUCAUCUAAAUCUCAGUUUAGUAUUAAAUGUUCUGUAUAAAUAAAUUGUGUUGAGAAAUCGGGUAUAUAGUGUAUCUUUAUUAUAGGUAUAUACUUUGAAACAUUUUCUCCGGUAACUUAUCUAUAUAAGAUUCGGCGUAAUGGCUUCGCUUGAUCACCUGGUAUCACACAAUCUGCAGUGCCCUAUUUGCUUCGAACUUCUGAAUGAUCCUAAGCAGUUAUCUUGCACGCACUCAUUCUGUCCGAAAUGCCUUAGUGAUUUGUUGUCAUUUUCUUCACAAAGUGUGGCUGACGUUUUAACAUGUCCAGUAUGUCAAACCACGACGGCUGCCGUUGGUGGGAGUGUAGCAAAUCUGAAUACGAACGUUCCUCUCAAGUGUCUCGUUGAAGAUUAUAGAAAUAGAAAGGGGCUCUGUGAAAUGUGCGACAAAAAAGCCAGAGCCACGCUUUACUGCUGUGACUGUGGAAAGGAUAUGUGUAAAGCAUGUCUCAAAAUUCAUAACAAAUGGUCUCCCAAUCUCAAGCAUGAAGUUGUGAAAGUAGAGGAUAUCAGAGAGAACAGAGUGGUCUUAAAGAAGAAGGUCUACUGUCAAGAGCACAAAUCAGAUGGACAGGAACAAGUAUGUACCGAUGUGUGCACUACUUGCAAGAAGUUCAUUUGCAUUAGAUGUCGGAUGUUGUAUCAUGAAAAGAAAGGCCACUCUGUUCUUAAUGCUGAAGAGUACAAUAAUUCUAUCAGGAGAGAAAUCGAGUACCUAGUAGACCAAGGUAAGACGAAAGCUACGACCAUCAAAGACCACGUGACGUAUAUUGAGAGUCAGCUGAGUCGUGCCAUUGAUCACAUUGACGUCACACAAGCUCAAAUCAACAAGGCUUAUGACGAACUGAGCAGAAGAUUAAAAGAGAGGAAAGCAGCGCUAGAUUGGCAGUUGUACGUUCAGAAAAAGGAACUUCGCCAGAAAUUAGAGGAAAUGAAAGAUGCCAGUGAAAGGGUAGUUGUCAACAUCGAGAGUGCCAGUGAGCUGGCAGGCUACAGUUUGAAGGCUCCACUUGGAAGGCACAUCAUUGCUAUUCGUGACUCGCUGUCUGGUGAAUUAAAGCAUGUACUUGACAAGGAUGAUCCCGAGAAGAAACUUGCUAGUGACAUAGCAAAGAGUGCAGAGGAAAUCACAUUUAUACCCCAAAGUCAGUGCGAUGAGCUGGAGAUCGGGGAAAUCCGGAUCGUAAAAUGUCAACUGAAAUGUGACGUAGAUCUUGCAAAUGAAAGCAGUAUGAACGCCAUGGCUGCUACACCGGAUGGGAUGAUGGCAGUGGGAUACAGUACAGGAGGAAUCGAUAUCUUCGCUGAUGAUAGUCAGCUGCAGAAGACAGUCCUCAAGGAUGUUAAGGCCCUAGGGGUGGGAUUCUUGUCUGAUGGUCGAUUUGUUGUACUAACCACAAGUAACAGCAUCGUAUUGUACACAUCAGAAUGGGAGAUGCUGGAUGCACGGUUUGAGACUCUUGGUCUUGAUGAAGGCGGCAUCGCUGACCUCACCAUCGACGGUCAUGAUCAGAUCUAUGUCAGCUACAGGACAGCUAAAAAGAUCCAGGAAUUUGCACCAGCAGGUGGGAAGGCCAUCAGAGAGAUACAAUGUGAUGGGUAUGAGCCUUAGCAGAUCAGUAGCUUUGAAAAUGAUGGAUUCUUAACGAAAUCAAGCAAAGGUUCAACGUGUUCGAUACGUGUCAUCGAUGCUCAAGGCGCUAAAAAGCACAUAGUAUCGAACGAGAGCAGUGAUUACCUCCAUGCUAGUGUUUCUCAUGAGCAAUCUGUCCUCAUCUGUUCAGUCAAGAUUGAUGAGGGGUUGGUCAUUAUCGAAGAGUACAGUAACGAGUUGACUCUCGUCAAGAUCCUCGUCUAUCACAAGAUUGAGAAAGCUGAGAGAUUCUGGUACUACUUUCAGCAGUUCCGAUCAGGAGAGAUUGCUUUCUGUAGUACGCAAGACAGACUUUAUAUCUUCGAAUAGUACGUUAAUAAAAUCAAUGCCAGUUGUGCUCAUGUUCAUGUGAUUCAUGAGCUUUUCGUUCCGUAAGGCAGCUUCACUAAGUUGAUCCUCUUUUAUUCAGACCGUAAUACUUGGAUAAAGACAUUUUUCUGUUGAUUCCUGUUCGUACCUUUGGAAAGGGCCCCAAUAAAGCUACUUACAUCCAUUGGAGAUCACGACUGUGACCUUACUUAGGAUCCAUAUCUAAAGUUCCUGGACAGAUCUCAUCGUUCUUCUUGGACACAUACGACUUGACUAGUCAUGUUCUGCCUACAUGUAUGUGAAUUAAUUAAAGGACUUAGUCGUUGGUGCAUCAUCGUCGGUCUCCGUCCGAAAUAACUUGUAAUGUGAUGAUCACAUGCAAUGGAGACGGGUAUAUAAAUUUGAUAACUACUCGUUCCUAAAUGGUAAAAUCGUUUUGUUUCGAGCCGUUCUUGAGGGUUCUGUUCUUUCAGCCAGCCUGCUCCAGAGUCGACAAAGGCUUCAUAGGUUAGCAAAUUCAUCUGCUGCUUCCUCCCAUAACCUACUGUUCCGACAUAGAGCUAUAGCUUUCAAAUAGCACAGCCUUAUAUUUCAGCUGUGGUCGGUCAUGCCCCUCCUCUCGAAGUAAUUUCGCUCUAGAGGACGUCUUUUUGGUCGUAUCUGUUCGAUACGUAGCUGAGCCAAAGUGCAAAAAAAAAGAUACACCCAUCACACCAACGAUACCGAGACACCGUCACCAUCCCAACAAUAGACCGAACCAAACAUUAUACUACCCUCAAGUGGCAAGAAAUAUCGGUCGGUGUGGAGUAGUUUUAGCUGUGUGACGGAAGUAAA